AUGAAAGAAUAAGUUCUGCAUGAGAAAUAUGUUAAGCUGCUUGAAAAUGGGAGAUUACUUUUACUUCAUCACAGAGGAGCAGGGAAAUACUAUAGAAUGAAUUUUGCUUUUCUUACUGUUUUCCUUGGCAUGUCAAUUAGAAACUAUUAUACUAACUCAGCAGUAUUUUUAUCUGAAAGAUUUGGAAAAUUCUAUAUAUUUCUGAUAAUGAGUGGCAUGACCGGUCUGUUAUUCUUUGGAAAUAGGCAUAUUAGGAGUCUUUAUUUAGAUCUUUCAGGCAAAAAUGUGCUAAUAGAAACACAUACCUUCUUUGGUCUUGCAUAAGGUCGAGAAAAGAUCAUUCCAGUUAAGCAGCUCUAAGGAAAUCGAAUGUUUUACUCCCCAAAGAUGAACUUAUAUCAAUUGGAAUACAUAAAGCCAGGCAAAUGGACUAAAAAACGUUCAUUUUUCUACAGACCAGAGUAUAUAGCUGAUUAGGAUAUAUGGCAAAAGAUUAGAAAGGGUGAGGAACUACCAGACGAUCUUACACAUGUACCAAUCGAUGAAGAAGCUGAGAAAUUUAAGAAGCUAAAGAAGAAGGCAGAAGCUCUUAAAAAGUUUAAAUGA